AUGGUAGCUUGUACACACGCAAAACAUCAUCCAUUUUUCAACUCCUCUUACGACAAGAUCGAGUUUGAUUUCGACGAUCUCAAGUCUCCUACCGGUACACCACAAAAAGCCGAGAAGAAAAGUGUCCGAUUCGAAAGGCACGAUCGGGUCCAUGAGAUCCCCCACAUAAAUGAUCUGAGCGACGAAGAGAUAGAUGGUGUUUGGAUGCAUCCUGAUGACUUCAAGACUAUCCGAAGAGAAUGCCAGGCUGUCAUUCUUAUCAUUGAACAUGAUAGCGAUCUCAUUGAAGGCGCUGAGCUCCGCGGGCUCGAACAUCACAUGGCCAAACAAAAAAGGGAAGCCCAACAAAUCCAGGAGCUCCUCUACGACACUGUUGAUAGACUUCAGAAGUACGGGGACGAGUCCUCAACGGAUGUAUCAGACAUGCUGGCAUGUAUGUGCCAGAAGAUCUCCAAGAGACCUGAAGCAUUUGCGAGGAAAAUUGCAGCUGAAGACGAAGAGGAAGCAAAGAACAAGGUCUGA